GGAAGCCAAGAUGGCGCGGACGAGGUGUCCAGGCCGCGGUCAGUGUCUUGUCGGUGUCUGAGCCGAGUUCUCUGGAAGGGACGGUGGCAGACGCCCUCCGUGCGCGAUGGCCCGGCAUCGGAACGUCCGAGGCUAUAACUACAAUGAAGAUUUUGAAGACGAUGAUUUGUAUGGCCAGUCUGUGGAGGAUGAUUACUGCAUCUCACCAUCGACAGCUGCCCAGUUUAUUUACUCUCAACGGGACAACCCUGUAGAAGAAUAUGGUUAUGAAGAUCUGAAAGAGUCUUCUAAUUCACUUCUGAAUCACCAAUUAAGUGAAAUUGACCAAGCUCACCUUUAUUCAUGCCUUGAUCAUAUGAGAGAGGUGCUGGGGGACGCCGUGCCUGAUGACAUACUGACUGAAGCAGUUCUGAAACACAAGUUUGAUGUGGAGAAGGCUUUGUCCAUGGUUCUGGAACAGGAUAGUGUGCAGACCUUGAAGGGGAAGAGUGAGAGAGCAGUGUCUGCAGGAAAGCUGGCAAAAGGAAAAUCAGUUGGAUCUCGGUCAUCCCAGAGUGAAUCUGAAAUUGUGCCGAAAGUUGCGAAGAUGACUGUGUCUGGGAAGCAGAAGCAGACUUUGGGGUUUGAAGUGCCUGGCUUAACUUCCGAGGAAAAUGGAGAUAGUUUGCAUGCUCCCCACAAAGGAGCUCCUGGUGACGAGGGUCUUGAGCCCAGCACUCUUAAGCCUGCCCUCCAGCCUCCCUCCGCCCAAGCGUCGGACGAGCUGAGCUCAACUCCAACGCCCGUGAAGAAGUCUGGCAAGCUGAGGCAGCAGAUCGAUGUGAGAGCUGAGCUGGAGAAGCGGCAGGGCGGCAAGCAGCUGCUCAACCUGGUGGUCAUCGGUCAUGUUGAUGCUGGGAAAAGUACUCUGAUGGGCCAUAUGCUGUACCUUCUGGGUAAUGUAAACAAGAGAACUAUGCACAAGUAUGAACAAGAGUCUAAAAAGGCGGGCAAGGCUUCAUUUGCAUAUGCAUGGGUCUUGGAUGAGACUGGAGAAGAAAGGGAAAGGGGAGUAACAAUGGAUGUUGGCAUGACGAAGUUUGAAACCACAACCAAAGUCAUUACGUUAAUGGACGCUCCAGGCCACAAGGAUUUCAUUCCAAACAUGAUCACAGGAGCGGCCCAGGCUGAUGUAGCCGUUUUAGUGGUUGAUGCCAGCAGGGGAGAGUUUGAAGCUGGAUUUGAGACUGGAGGACAGACACGUGAGCAUGGCCUCUUGGUCCGGUCUCUUGGAGUGACACAGCUUGCUGUGGCCGUCAACAAGAUGGAUCAGGUAAAUUGGCAACAAGAAAGGUUUCAAGAUAUUACUGGAAAACUUGGACACUUUCUCAAGCAAGCAGGUUUUAAGGAGAGUGAUGUAGCAUUUAUCCCUACGAGUGGACUCAGUGGUGAAAAUUUAAUCACAAGAUCACAGUCAAGUGACCUCACAAAGUGGUAUAAAGGAUUAUGUUUACUAGAACAAAUUGAUUCCUUCAAGCCCCCUCAGCGAUCUAUUGACAAACCUUUUAGGUUAUGUGUGUCGGAUGUCUUCAAAGAUCAAGGAGCGGGCUUUUGUGUGACUGGUAAAAUUGAAGCUGGUUAUAUCCAGACUGGUGAUCGAUUGUUAGCGAUGCCGCCCAAUGAAACGUGCACUGCAAAAGGAAUCACUCUGCAUGAUGAACCUGUCGAUUGGGCAGCGGCGGGCGAUCACGUUAGUCUCACUUUGGUUGGGAUGGAUAUCAUCAAGAUCAAUGUUGGCUGCGUAUUUUGUGGCCCCAAAGAACCUAUCAGAGCUUGCACUCGCUUCAGAGCCCGGCUCCUCAUCUUCAGGAUUGAAGUCCCCAUCACGAAAGGAUUUCCUGUGCUGUUACACUACCAAACUGUCAGUGAGCCUGCUGUUAUUAAACGACUGAUUAGCGUCCUAAACAAAAGUACUGGAGAAGUCACAAAGAAGAAGCCCAAGCUGCUGACCAAGGGCCAGAAUGCGCUGGUAGAGCUGCAGACACAGAGGCCGGUGGCUCUGGAGCUCUACAAGGACUUCAAGGAGCUGGGGAGGUUCAUGCUGCGGUACGGUGGCUCCACAAUAGCUGCUGGCGUUGUCACUGAGAUAAAAGAGUGAUGAUGGGUCCAGUUUUCACCGUGUGUCCAACUGCAGUGAGAUAGUGACAGAAACAUGGGGUUGAAAUGUUUGUAGAUGAGAGAAACUAAAGCUAUAAUUAGCUGCCAGGAAGUAUUAAUAAUCACUCCUGCAAAAUUCCAAG